GAGAUACUUCCGGUAGGAUCACGCCGCUCUACAAGUGCCUGCAUACACGGUGCUUCCGGCGGGGCUCGGCCGCGGGAGCCUCCAAUUCUGGCCCCGGCUUUGGUUGCCAACAUGGCUUCGCUCCUGGCCAAGGAUGCCUAUCUGCAGGACUUGGCCAAGAAGAUCUGCGCGCAGCCUGGCCCUGAGCGGCAGAAGAGCAAGUGGGCUGUCAGAACAAAAGGCUCAGAAGCUGAUGGACCUCCGAAAAAGAAAAGGAAGAAAACACAAAAGAAGUCUCGGGAGCAGGAACAGAAAGCUAAGGAGCACAAGACUAAACCUCUGGGCAAGAAGUCUCCCACCUCGUCUAGGGCCAAGAAACCAGUGGUAUCCAAACAAGGGAGCUCCAGCUCCCUGGGGUCCCCUCAAGCUAGCCAAGGCCCAGCACCUGACUCUGUCUUUGCGCUGGAUUUUCUGCGACAACGGCUGCAUGAGAAGAUCCAGCUGGCCCGGGCCCAGGGUAGCACCAAGGAGCUGUCCGCUGCCACCCUAGAAAAGAGGCAGCGGAGGAAGCAGGAGAGAGAGCGGAAGAAGAGGAAGCGGAAGGAGCUCCGAGCAAAGCAGCGGGUUGCAGAGGCUGAGAAAAAGGAGGAGCCAGUCAAGGCGCCCCCCGCAGCGGCCUGCAAGGAGCUGCAGGAGUCAGCGCUCAUCUUUAAUAAGGUGGAAGUGACUGAAGAGGAGCCAGCCAGCAAGGCUCAGCGCAAGAAGGAGAAGCGGCAGAAGGUGAAAGGGAACUUGACACCACUCACAGGCAGGAACUACAGGCAGCUGCUGGAGCGCCUGCACGCUCGGCAGGGCCGGCUGGAGGAGCUUCGAGAUCAGGAUGCUGCCAAGGCCCAGGAGCUGGAGGCCAAGAUGAAGUGGACCAACUUGCUGUACAAGGCUGAGGGUGUGAAGAUCAGGGACGAUGAACGUCUGCUGCAGGAGGCCCUGAAGCGCAAAGAGAAGCGCCGGGUACAGCGGCAGCGCAAGUGGGAGAAGCGGUCAGAGCAUGUGGUGGAGAAGAUGCAGCAGCGGCAGGACAAGCGGCGCCAGAACUUGCGCAAGAAGAAGGCAGCUCGGGCUGAGCGACGGCUACAGAAGGCCCGCAAGAAGGGCCGGGUGCUGCCCCAGGACCUGGAGCGCGCAGGCCUCUCCUGAGCAGUUUGCACCUGCCGAGUUCCUGGCUCCGCAGCUUCCCUCCAUCUCCAUCCUUGAGGGUUGGGGUGGAAUGUGGUGCUAGUGCAGGCCUAGGUGACAGCCUGGGUCUCCUGUGUGAGGUUGACACAGCCCUUGCACCCACAACCAUAGCAAGAUCUCUGACCACAUGCCAGGGUGUUUCUGCAGCAUCCUUAAGGAGGACCGUGUCCUCCAGUCCCUGAGCGGGAUGAAGGGAAUCUGUGCCCAUGUCUUGGGAGGGGUGUGUCUGUGUCUGUAUGUCUGUGUGUAUCUGUUGUGAAUGCUGCAGAGUCAGGAUAGAGGUUAGGGUGAGGCACCCCACUGACCCUUUCCUGCCCACCUGUAUUUCCAUUGGCCAUGAGAACAAGAGGCCUUGACUACUUGGUCUGUAUUUACUAGUUCCUGGGGACCAGGAAGAGAGCCCAGGGAGUUGUCAGAGUCUGAUCUAGUCAGGUAUGUCUCUGGGCCGGAGCUCCAGUAUCCAGCUAAACCUAGAGGCCUUCCUGAGUCCACAGGAUGUGCUUGGUCACCUGUGAGCCAGUUGGUGGCUGAGACUUGGGGUUGACUGUUGCCUAGUUUUACAUCAGUUUGACACAAGCUGGGAUUGUCUGAGAAGAGAGCGCCUUAACCAAGAGCCCCACUAGACUGACCUGUGGGCAGGCCCAUGGUGCAUAUUUUUUACUGGUGAAUGAUGCAGUAGGGACCAGUUCAUUGUGCACAGUGCCACCCCUGGACUGGUGGUCCUGGGUUGCUUUAGUUCCUGCUUCUAGGUUCCUGUCCUGGCUUCCCUUGGUGAUAUACUGUUACCUGGAAAUGUAACAUGAAGUAAACCCUUUCCUCCCACAA